CAUCCGGGUAUUUCUCAUUCUUUUACGUCACCAACUUGUGUAGCCAUUGUGUGUACGAUGUCGUCUCCUUCUAGCGGUCAAGAGCUUAAGGCUGGUCAUCCACCUGCAGUGAAGGCUGGCGGUAUGCGCAUCACGCAGACUAGGCAUCCUCAGCAGUCUGACGUGUCGCCUCCUAUGACUGCGGAGGAGAAGGAGGAGUUUCCUGAAGAAAAGGUUGAAACAGAAGCGGUCGUCGUCGCUGGAUAUCACACAAAAGGCAACAAGGACUUCACAGAGGCAGCAGUGAAAGUAGCCCACAACAAGCCAGCACCACAACACGAUAAGCGACCAGUAGCAAAGGGAGCAAACCGACAGACUGGCGUGCAUAUCCACCAACCAAGAAAAAACUGAAGAGAAGAAAGGUGGAGGAGUACAAGCACAUGCCGGACGUGAAUUAUACAUGAGGUUGACAGCGGUUGUUAUACAGUGCACCGGCAUGCUGUUGCUCCGAUUGAAUUAUUGCGUUUCCAUUUGAUUUGCAAUUAACUUGAGUUGACAGAGAAAUUACAGAAAGAGUAGUG